AUGACUCUUAAAACAGACUUCCCCCCAAUUCGGGCCUGUCUCUUCGACAUGGACGGCCUCCUCCUCAACACCGAAGACCUCUACACAGACUGCAUAAACGCCGUCCUCGAACGAUACAACCGCCCCCGCCUCCCCUGGUCCAUCAAAGCCAAGCUCCAAGGCCGCCCCGGCCCCGAAGCCGCCCGCCUCUUCCAAGACUGGGCCAACCUGCCCAUCGAUGAACCCGAGUACAUCAGCCAGCUCUCGUCGCACCAGCGCCGGUUAUUCCCCCUCGCGGAGCCCCUUCCCGGCGUGUCGAGGCUGCUCUCCGACCUCGGCCGCACCCGCUACUUCGAGGUGAAGAAAGACGAGGACUCGCGGAGGAGAGUACACAUCGCUCUUGCGACGAGCUCGCACACGACGAAUUACAAGCUGAAGACGGACCACUUGACCGAGCUGUUUAGCGUGUUCGAGUCGCCGAGGAAGGUGCUGGGCGAUGAUCCCCGCAUCGCCAAGGGGAGGGGAAAGCCGCUUCCGGAUAUUUUCUUGCUGGCGUUGAGGACCAUCAACGAGAGCUUGCCCGAGGGCGAACCUCCCGUCAAGCCCGAGGAGUGCCUCGUCUUUGAGGACAGCGUCCCUGGUGUCGAGGCUGGAAGGAGGGCGGGUAUGAGGGUGGUUUGGGUGCCGCACGACGGUUUGUUGGAGGAGUACAGCGGAAGGGAGGCGGAGGUGCUGGCUGGCAGGACCGGAGAGGCGGGCGACGUCGAUUUGCAUCAGCUUGGCGAGCUUGGCGAUGGCUGGGCUGACAUGUUGGCGACUUUGGAGAACUUUCCAUACGAGCGAUACGGCAUGACCAUUCCCGAUCCGGCUGUUGAGAAGGAGGAGUGCAUGACCGAGAGGGUCAAUGGCGAGGUCAUCGUUGAGCGUGUUAACGGCAAGGCCAACGGUGUCAACGGUGUCAACGGCGUUAAUGGCGUUAAUGGCGUCAACGGCACUGCCAACGGCCACAUUAAUGGCAAUGUCAAUGGCGUGAAUGGCAAGGUGAACGGCAAUGCUUAA